CCUGAUCGCGGAAGGUUACGGAGCACCCAGCGACUUCUACGCCGACAUCUUCAGGGAUCCGCAUCUCUCCACGCUCCGGCUCAUCCGCUACCCGGCCAGACCCAACCCGACAUAUGAAGCCCGUGACGGUGACGCGGGUAAGUGAUGGUGUGUCUUUGAUCCAGACGGCCGAACACCAGGACACCACGAAGGUCACGCUGCUGGCCACCUUUGCCGAGUACCCGGGGCUGCAGGUUCGCUGGUGGAAGGACGACUCCAUCAUCGACGUGACGCACAAACCCGGCCACCUCGUCAUGAACAUCGGCCAGCUGCUCUCCUACACCAGCGGCGGGGCUCUCAAGGCUACCAAACACCGCGUGAUCGACUGCUGUGGUGAUAGGCUGUCCGUCCCAUUCUUCCUGGAGCCACGGUUCCACGCCAACGUGAACGUGGUCCUGCCAGGGUGCGAGCAGAGGGAGAGUCAGCCCAAGUACUACGGCCACUGGCUCUUGGAGGGGAUCAGAAAGUGGGCCGAAUACAAGGAUCUCUGCAGGCGAAUCGAAACACAGACCGCGAAGACACUGUAUGAGGGAGAAGAAGAUGAGGAUGAAGUGAUGAUGUGGACGAAAUAGAUAGGAGGAAGGGGAAGAGGAGCAAGAGGAUAAGUGAUGAUGAUGCAAGGAUAGGGACGAUGCUGCAAGGAGGAAGAGGGGGAUAUUUGGUGAUGGAGAGGAUAUAAGGAAAGAGAAGAAGAUGAAGAGUAAAAAGAUAAGGUUUUAGUUCAAUGAGAGGUAAUAGCAGGGAGUAGAUUCGAGAAAGAGGAUGAGAAAUUGUGAAGAGGGAAGAGGAAGAGCAGCAAGAGGAGGAGGAGGGGAAUACUGUGUUAAUAGAGAUGAUAUGAUACAAUAAAGAGGAAUUACAUAGGUGUUGCGAGCAGAGGAGGAGGUGGAAUUAGAAGCAAUGUAAGAAGCGCAUUCGAUAAACAGGUAGAGAGCAGAGACAGGUGAAUAAAUAUGAGGAAGAAGAUAACAACAGAGAAUAUAUAAGGAGAGAGACAGCAAUGGAGGAAAAAAGAGGAAGGGAGUGUGAAGGUAGAAGUGUGAGGUGAAAUGUAAAAAAAAAACAUUACCACCACCACUAAUAAUAAUAAUAAUAAUAAUAAUAAUAAUAAUGAUAAUAAUAAUAAUAAGAGUGUAUUGUCAUUCUUGAGCUAGGUAUUUCCAGGUAAGCAAUCAGAUAAAUAAGAUUAAGAUAAAGAUGAUGAAAUGACAGGUAAGAAUGAUGAUGAUGAUGAUGACGAAGAUGAAACAGAUGAUUUUGAUAUCGUAACAAGUGGUGAUGAUGAUGAUGAAGUUUAUGUAAUUAUUUUAACAUGUGUGGGAAGAUAAAAAAAAAUAAACUGUAUAACUUUGAAGAUAAAAUGUGGGAGA